AUGGCCUCCAUCUCUCGUGCAUUGCGGCCCUUGUCGCGUACUGUUCCCUCAGUCCGCGUAUCCUCAAAACGCUUGGCUACUGGCCGCCCUCUCCAGAGUUCCUAUGCCUUCUCAACCACGCCCCGUCGGCGGGAUGCCGACCUCUCGUCCCUCACCCCUACCCCGAUCAGCCAUUUAUCCGAUAUCGAAUCAAUGAUGGCUGAUUCGGUCUCCAAGUUCGCGAAUGAGCAAAUCGCUCCGAAGGUCCGAGACAUGGAUGAAGCUGAAAGCAUGGAUCCAGUUCUGGUAGAGCAGCUCUUCGAACAAGGUCUGAUGGGCAUCGAGAUCCCCGAGGAAUACGGAGGUGCCGGAAUGAAUUUCACUGCUGCUAUCGUGGCGAUCGAGGAACUUGCACGUGUCGAUCCCAGUGUCAGUGUCAUGGUUGAUGUCCACAAUACCCUUGUCAACACGGCGAUCAUGCGAUACGGUGAUGCCCAAUCUCACCGUACCUGGCUCCCUAAGCUGAGCACCGGUACCGUCGGCUCUUUCUGCCUCUCUGAGCCUGUGUCCGGUUCGGAUGCAUUUGCACUACAGACCAAGGCGGAGAAGACUGCAGACGGAUACAAACUGAAUGGAUCCAAGAUGUGGAUUACUAAUGCUAUGGAGUCGGGUAUCUUCAUCGUUUUUGCCAACCUGAACCCUAGCCAGGGUUACAAGGGCAUCACAGCUUUUAUCGUCGAGAAAGGAACCACCGGUUUCUCCAUUGCGAAGAAGGAAAAGAAGCUUGGUAUCCGCGCCAGCAGUACCUGCGUAUUAAACUUCGAUGACGUCGUGAUUCCGAAGAGCAAUCUUCUCGGCGAGGAAGGUCAGGGCUACAAGUAUGCUAUCAAUAUCUUGAAUGAGGGUCGUAUUGGAAUUGCUGCCCAGAUGACGGGCCUGGCUCUCGGCGCGUGGGAAAAUGCUGCUCGCUACGUCUGGAAUGACCGCAAGCAGUUUGGUCAGUUGAUCGGAAACUUCCAGGGCAUGCAACAUCAAAUCGCUCAGGCCUACACUGAAAUCGCUGCCGCCCGGGCACUCGUUUACAACGCCGCGCGUAAGAAGGAAGCUGGCCAAGACUUUGUUCAGGAUGCCGCCAUGGCCAAACUCUAUGCCUCGCAGGUUGCAGGCCGUGUAUCAGGCUCUGCGGUUGAGUGGAUGGGUGGCAUGGGUUUCGUUCGUGAGGGCAUUGCCGAGAAGAUGUUCCGCGACAGCAAAAUUGGUGCCAUUUACGAGGGUACCAGUAACAUCCAGCUGACUACCAUUGCCAAGUUGCUGCAGAAGCAGUACACGUCCUAG